AUGUUCGUGGGUGAACUACCCUCAAGAGCAGCAUAUGAUGCAUUCGACCAGAAAUAUAGUGGCUAUUAUGGGUGUAAUACUCAAGGAGUUGAGACAGAAAGUGCGAAAAUUGCUCUGCAAACUGCACUACAGGCCCAUGACGGUAUUAAGGCGCAUGUUGACAAAAUAUUAGAAGCCUAUUGUUACGCAUCCUCACCGGGAGGGACAAGGAGCUUCUCAUCCAGAAAUAAAGAGUGCACUUUCUUUUAUUAUUGGUUAGGGACUAAAGUAUGGGAAUGUGUAAGCGAUUCUGAUUCAUUUCAAACCCUUAUGAAAAACAUUUAUGACCAAUUAAAGGAAAUUAAGCCUUCGUCUGGUGGGGAAAGUGGUGGGGGUGGGUGUACCAUUCUAUACAGCGGCUAUACUAUUAAUAAGGACCUCUUCCCUAAGGCAAAAAUAGUAUCUGACUAUUCGCUAGACUACACAAAAAUAGUGACAACCUUGCCAAAAAAUAAGGAGGAUUACUGUCCAGCAUAUGAACAAUACCUGAAAGCAGCUGCUACAGCUUACACUAACUUAUGCACACAAAGUACAGAAAGUAGUGAAACUGGAACUUUGCAAAGUUCGGUUUGUGGAGAUUUUAUAGCGAGGGCGGGAGGUAGCAACCAAAAACCGAACCCACAGAAAUUAAUAAGCCUACACUGUGAAGCAAUACUUAACAGGAAGGUUCUACAGACUGAACUUAGGCACGAUAAUCAGGUGCAGAGGGAAGCAGCAGAGGAACCUGCACUUGUACCAGAAACAACCUCAUCUUCUGGAGAAAACAUCACCACUACUACUGUAUCUUCUAUUCUUGGAGCGACAGGAAUGUUGUCAGUGGCUUUCCUUCUCUACAAGCAUAAGCCAUUCUUCUUUAAGAGGAAUAAUCACAUUGGGGUAGGAAGAAGGAAGAAACGAUCUGCCAUUAGGAGUGAAUUGAACACCUUAUCAGACGAAGAAGACGACACAUUAACAGAGAACGACACCUUAACAACAGAAUAUUCCACGGAAAAUUCAACAUUCGAUGGAACAGUGUAUGACACAGAGUCUACAAGAACAUAUAGCAGACAACAGCAACGGAGGCAACAGCAACAUCAACAAAGACGAAAUAAUAUACAUUACCAGCACAUGUAG